UGUACCCGGGGGAAAGGGAAGCGGCCGCGGAUUUCGCGUCUCGACCCCGGGACACCCGAGAAGCCGGAGCUGAGGGGACUGAAGAUCGAUCUGAAAUCGCUGUGUGAGAACAAGAUACUGUUUCUAAAGAGACAUUUCAGUCAAGUAAUAUUUAUCCAUAAAGACAUGCCAACUUUUAUUCAGCCCACAUUUCUAACUCCAUAUCAAAAAAAUUUUAAUGAAGAAAAAUCUGAGUCUAAGAUGUGCAAAAAGGCCUGUAGCCAGAACUCAAAGUUUAUUCAACAUCAGAAAUAUGAUGUUGUUGAAAAACGCUAUGAAUGUAAGGAGUGUGGGAAAUUAUUUAGUCGUGGCUCACUUGUUACUCGCCAUCAGCGGAUUCACACUGGAGAAAAACCUUAUGAAUGUAAGGAAUGUGGCAAGGCUUUUAGGUGUAGUUCAUAUUUUUCCCAACAUCUUAAGACUCACACUGGUGAGAAACCCUACGAAUGUAAGGAAUGUGGAAAAGCCUUUAAUUAUUUUUCAAACCUAAAUGAUCAUCAGAGAAUUCACACAGGUGAAAAGCCUUAUGAAUGUAAAGUAUGUGGGAAAGCUUUUAUUAGGAGUUCACAACUUUUGCCACAUCUAAGAAUUCAUACCGGUGAAAAACCUUAUGAGUGCAAGGAGUGUGGAAAAGCAUUUGCUCAACGCUCAAGUCUCAUUAAGCAUCAGAGAAUACAUACUGGUGAGAAACCUUAUGAAUGUAAGGAAUGUGGGAAGGCCUUCAGUAGUGCUUCCGCACUUACGAACCAUCACAGAAUUCAUGUUGGCAAGAAACUUUAUGGAUGUGAAGAAUGUGGAAAGGCCUUUAUUCAGACCUCAGAACUUAUUCAGCAUCAAAGAAUCCAUACAGAUGAGAAGCCUUAUGAAUGUAAUGAAUGUGGCAAGGCCUUUAAUAAAGGCUCAAAUCUAACCAGACAUCAAAGAAUUCACACAGGUGAGAAACCCUAUGAAUGUAAGGCAUGUGGAAAGGCCUUUGGUAGUCGCUCUGACCUCAUUCGCCAUGAAGGAAUUCAUGCUGGAUGAAUGCUGAACCUAUUUGAUAGCCUUUAUAAUAUUGAUUAAACCUGGUAUUGUGAAAAACAAAAAAGAUAAUGCAUAAGUGAAGUUCCUCUGUAUAGUGUGUCUUAGGGUUAUUGUAGCAAAAUAAUAAAAAAUACCACAAAACUGUUACUUAAAACCAUAGAUUGAUUCUUAGUUUUGAAGUUCAGAAUCAGAGUUGUUGAAUUAGUUCCUUAUGUGAGAAUCUUUUCUGUUUCCUUCUUGCUUAUGAUAAUAUCUAGUAACUUCUGAUGUUCCUUUUCUUGUUGCUAUAUCAGUCCAGUCUCUGCCACUUUCACAAUGCACUUACUGUAUCUCUGGUUUUGACUUACAUAGAUAUCUGUCACUGAAUUAGAGCCUUCACUAAUGACCUCAUUUAAAGUUGAGCAGAUCUUCAGGUGUAA